UAAUACAAACAAGUAUAAAUACAGUCCGGAUAUGUGACCGGGUUUAUUCCAGGAGAAAUUAAUUCACCAGUCAUUUGAAGACAACGAAAGAACAUCGUUGGGAGGCCAAACGGUGGGUUGAUGAUGAUGCUUUCAACCCAAAUCGUUUAUGUGAAAAUGAUGCUGCAGGUUUGCUUUAGCAACCUCCACAGUAUCGUAUUGAGCACCCUGGAGUUGGUAUUCAGCUGGGUGGGAGUAAACGCUGGCCAUGGUCGCGUUUGCGUUGCGCACAAGGCAGCGGAAGCAGUGAAAACUCCGACUCCGACCAGCGUCAACUAUCACUUCACACGACAGUGCAACUACAAGUGCGGAUUCUGUUUCCAUACAGCGAAGACUUCAUUUGUCCUGCCGGUUGAAGAAGCCAAAAGGGGACUCCGUUUAUUGAAGGAAUCUGGAAUGGAAAAAAUAAACUUUUCCGGCGGAGAGCCGUUUUUACAAGAAAGGGGUGAUUUCGUUGGAAAACUUGUGCAGUUCUGCAAAGAAGAUCUUCAGAUCCCAAGUGUUAGUAUAGUAAGCAACGGGAGUCUGAUUCGAGAUAGUUGGUUUCGGAAAUACGGAGAAUAUUUGGACAUUCUUGCAAUUUCCUGUGAUAGUUUUGACGAGGACACGAACAAGCUGAUCGGCCGCACGCAGGGUAGGAAAAGUCAUGUCGACAACUUGUACAAGGUGCGGAGCUGGUGCAAAGAAUAUAAGGUGGCCUUCAAGAUCAACUCUGUGAUCAACACCUUCAACUUGGAGGAGGAUAUGCGAGAGCAAAUUCUUGAGCUUUCUCCUGUGCGCUGGAAGGUUUUCCAGUGUCUGGUGAUCGAGGGGGAGAAUGCUGGGGAUGAUGCUCUCCGGGAGGCUGAGGGAUUUGUAAUCAGUGACCAGCAGUUCCAGGACUUUCUGGACCGCCACAGAGACAUUACCUGCCUAGUCCCUGAAUCCAAUGAAAAGAUGAGAGAUUCCUAUCUUAUCCUGGAUGAAUAUAUGCGGUUCCUUGAUUGCAGAGAAGGCAGGAAGGACCCGUCAAAUUCCAUCCUGGACAUAGGGGUUGAAAACGCCAUUCAGUUCAGUGGCUUUGAUGAGAAGAUGUUUCUGAAGAGAGGUGGAAAGUAUGUGUGGAGCAAGGCUGACAUGAGGCUGGAGUGGUAGUCUUAAAAAGGGAGGUUUUGUGGAAUUUCAGUUUCCUUGUUGACAAAGCAAACUCACACCUUCUGUUUGUGUUCUGUAUUUUUAUUAUGUCCAUGUCUUUGUUCUUAGAAUAUCUCGUAGCACUUUACAUUAACUGUAUGUUUCCGCAUAAGAUAAUAUUUCGAAGACAGCUAUGUAUUAUGUAUAUAUUGGAAGUGAAGUGCUUAUUGAUAUACAUGCACAGGAAUGAACAUGAAUAUUUAGUUGCUAAAAUAUUUAGUUGUUUUAUUUUAUUUUUUUAUUUUACUCAAAAGGUGACUAAAUAAGAUAUUCAACAUGUAUUUUACUAAAGAAUCUAUUCUAUGAUUAUUAAAGAUUAAAAUUCUUUUUUACAAAGAAAAGACACAAAUGGAAUUUGUUUGUUUUCCAAGACUCAGAAUUACUCUUAAGUAUUACUAAAACAAAGUGACAGAAGCUGAAACACAGUGGAAGUGUAUGAUGUUUUCUAGAUUGAGGAUACAGAUUCAGUGGAUAUGCACUUAAAAGGGGUUUUGUCUAAGAGUAAAAUAACAGCGGCUGGGAAGGGCAAUAUAUGCUGUCAUGUCAUCAGUCCAUUAUUGUUUUCUAUAAUUAUUAACGAUAUAUAUGAUAAAAUAAGUCCAGACAUUGGAAGAUCACUGUUUGCAGAUGAUCAAGCUUUCUGGGAAAGAAGGAGGGAUAUUAAGUAUGUAGUAUGUAAAGCUUUUAAAGAGUGCAAGAGUGGUCAUGGUGUGGGGCUUUAAGUUCUCAGUGGAAAAAUCCCAAACAGUUUUCUUUACCAAUCUCUGUUUGAAAUUAUAUGAGUAUAAGUAUUAGAGUGAAAGUGUAAGGCUGGAAAUCUGGCAUUAUCACUCAGGGCUGGUCAGCUUGCUGGCUUCCUCUGGUAUUGUGGAAUAUGUGGCUGUAAAGUAAUUUAACUCAGGAGCAUGCACCAUUAACCCCCACUAUCUCCGCACCCAUACGGGCAGGAGCCUGUGGGGGAAGACUCGUUACAACGGGGCAACAUCCUUUACGGCACGGGAAGGUUUCAGAGGGCACGGCCUGUUGGGCCCAUUAUUCCCUUCGAACCCCCCUUUAUUGCUCUCUCCCUCUUUACUCAGUCACUAAAUGAUGUGUACAGCAUUGGAUGUUUCAUGACAAAGUCAGUUUAGAUAAUAUUCAUGUUUGGUAUUAUUCUGAUUGUUUCAGUGCGACUGGUGCAAUGGUUUUAUUUCUGCAACAGCAAACCCUGUACAUCAUAACCAACCAGGAGAAGCUGUGUGGAGCUCUGCCCCAGUGAAAGCCAUGUGCCUCAACCCCCCUGCGCUUCCUGGGGAGGCGUGGCUCCAAAUUACAGAUGGGUGACCUAUUUUUAGGGUUAACAUCAAAGGCCAGAUUUUGGAUUUAAGGACAGCAAACUAAGCAAUCUGGGAGAAUGCAAUCAGCCUCCCGUGCACACAGUGCACGUAAUUUCUACGUACAGGGUGUCUGUAGCCAGACUCCCGUAUGUCGCUUUUAUUACCAGGUAUGACUUUUAAGACUCCGUAAUUUGGUUUCCGUUGUGAUGUUUUUGAUUUGGAACUAGUAUGUAAUUACGUGUAUGUAACCUGCCUGGUAAAAUAAAUUGUUAAAACUU